GAAAUCAGCCUGACGGUUGCACUGAUGAAACUCCAAGUACGCGCUGCAAAAGCAGUGACAGAAAGCCCGGCGGCGAGCCACGGCACGCAAUCCGGAGAUUCUUUGGAUCGAAUCAAGCACACUCCCAUCCGAGCCGAGACCUCAGUUCGCAGCCCCACUUCCAAUUUGGUCACAGCAGCAGGCGGGGGGCGUCUGGGAUCUGCAGCCUGCCUGCCUGCCAGCCAGCGGUUCGUGUCCGCAGCAUCCCACACCACACCAGCGCCACAUCCGCCGGGGCGUGCCGAGAGCACCACGCCAGCCUCGCAUUCUCGCUCUGAGACGGCUGUCAUCGGGGCGGACGCGUAUGUAAGCCAAGCCAGGUGUCAACAUCCACAAGGCGGUCCCUUAUUCGCAUUGGAGCCUGUUGACGUCUCGGGCUGCGUGAGUGGCGAUGGAGCCUCUGCACGAGACUCGUCUGAAGUAUAUGAUCUCUUGCGCCGACUACUUCUGAGCCUCGUCGUCAUCCAUCGUUCCAGGGCCUUUGUGCACAUGCAAGAUGUGAUGCCCACACACACUUCGAUUAGAUGCUGUUGUCAGCCGGUGGGAACCAAAUUUAGCACCUUCUCACCGCCUUCAGGACCCAGGCAGGUGUAUGCACAUCAUGAUCAUCUUUCCAGACAGGUUUCAUCGUCUCCGGUAAAACACGAAAACAUCCGACCCGAGUGA